AACUCCAUAAGUCUAUAUAUAGUGCUUUAUAUAUUCUCUAACUUCCAUCACUAUCUUGCCUGAAUUUUCUUUCAGUAACUAGCCACAAUGACGAGAGGAGCAGUAGUAGUUCUUGCGCUACUCCUCAUGAUUUCUUCUACCACAUUCGUUCGUUGCGAACCACAGGUCCCUUGUUACUUCGUAUUUGGAGACUCUUUGUCCGACCCUGGCAACAACAAUGACCUUAAUACCAAGGCCAAAGCCAAUUACCCGCCUUAUGGUAUCGAUUUUCCGGGGGGUGUAGCCACGGGAAGGUUCUCUAAUGGCCGAAACUUUGUUGAUAGAAUCACUGAACUUUUGGGAUUCGACGAGUAUAUUCCACCAUACAGCACAGCUAAGGGACGACAAAUACUAAAGGGUGUGAACUAUGCAUCUGGAGCGGCCGGAAUUCGCUCUGAAACUGGACAACAUCUAGGUGAUAGAAUAAGCAUGGAUCAACAGCUAGUAAACCAUGGAUUGACAGUAGCAAAAAUUCCUUGGUAUGGCUUUACAGCGUUGCGGAAUCUAGGAAAAUGUCUGUACACAGUCAACAUAGGCAACAACGAUUACAUCAACAACUACUUUAACUCGAACUACAGUUCGAGCUCGAUCUAUUACCCAGAAGAAUAUGCUCAAGCACUAAUCAGUAAAUAUGGUUUGCAACUCAAGUCUCUAUAUUUAUUGGGAGCAAGGAAGAUCGCGGUGUUUGGAGUUGGUCUAGUUGGGUGCACUCUAGGAGAAAUAUACACCUUUGGCCCAUCAGAAGGAUCAUUAUGCGUAGAUAAAAUCAAUGAAGCUGUCAAAAUUUUCAACGAAAAGCUCAUUAAUUUAGUGGAUGAUCUUACUAUGGAGCUUCCCGGAGCACAAUUUACUUACAUUGGUGCUUCAUCAAGUACCGACACAGGUUCUGCUGUAGCGAAUACUACUUGUUGCAAAGUAAGGGAUGAUUUUCAGUGUGUUGAAUUCGACACAGUAUGUGAAGGCCGCGACAAUUACAUAUUCUGGGAUGGUUAUCAUCCUACUGAAGUCGUGAAUAUACUUUCAGGAGAAUCUGCAUACAGUGGUAUAAAUUCGAAGUAUAUACAUCCGGUGGAUAUUAAAACUCUAGUGUCUUGUGAUCGAGAAUUCAUGCUCAGGAAAGUGAAAGACCGUAUUUCUACUCGUUUAAGCAGUGCAUAAAAAGCUCAUAUAUUACUUAUUGUUCCUUGUGUCUCCUGUAAUUUGUCCCAAGCACUUUGUUGCAUAUGCUAGUUUUAUGUUGAAAUGUACGAAGUUUAUUACGACGUGUAAUAAAAAUCUCAUUGUUGUUUGUAGUGUGGUUGAAAUUGAAUAAAGCUUGGUACAACGUAGUAUUCAUGCA